CGCGGCGUGCGCAAUCGUGGCUCCUCACGCUGCAGCUAACCGAAUAGAGCUCACGGUGGGAGCGUUUACGCGAGGAACAAUACCGUUUUUUUCCUGCUCCACACACAGCGACAUUCCUGUACAGACACACACACACACACACACACACACUCAUCCCUGGGAUUUUAUGUGUAUAUGUGUGACAGUGUAUGUUUCAAGAGCUACAAACAAGCGAGCCAACUGAAUCCAAGCAGCGCUCUCCCGCUCACACCGACAGUCCGGACAGCAACUCGAAACCCCAAAACCCUUCACGGCUUCAAAUAAUGAGCCAUUUAACUUCACUUGUCUUGACUCCAUUUCUCAUUUUCGUUUCGAAAAACUUUUCGAUUUGAUCUCUCUCUAAAAUGUGCCUCCCAGUUUCACCCCAGCGCGCUCUCACGGAAGCCACGACGACAGUGAUGGAGUUUAGGAAGUGUUUCUGGAACCGGAGGAUCUGAGGAGAAGACUAACGUUGUUUUCCAACGGUCACUGCUGGAGCAAUGUUCUAUCCACUGAAUCAACUGGACACUCAACAUAACGGGGAUUUCUAACGAACUGUUCUCCUACCGGAGGCAAGAGGGAUUCUAACCGGGGGCUCGAGUCAGACCGGUGAGAGGGCGCAGGGUUUACCGUCUGUUCUCCGUGUGAAUGACAGCAGCUUCUCUCCCGUGCAGUCACAGUUCAGGGGUCAGGGCCAACGGACCGAGAAGGCGACAGAGAUUCUGUUACGAGGGGAGCGCAAGAGACUAACACGUUUCGGUCUUGGUCUAUUUUUUUCUAUAAUAACUUUCACAUUAUUAAUUAUUUUGUGGACUUUCUCGUCUUUCAAUCAGAAAUGUCCUGUUGAAGGGAUUGGGACCGUGAUUUAUUUGUUUUCUCCCCCGGCCCUGGAGGCACCAAAGCCGGAUAGUUGGAGUGAGUGACCCCGCUGAACUCCCAAUGAAGGAAACGGAGUCCUUUGAGUUUUAAUUACAUUCUUAUUAAAUUGUUAUCAUAGUUACAAUCUCUAUAAUUUUUUAACAACAUUUUUUUGGUGUAUUUUUCGUUAGCUUUAGGCUUUCAAAAAAAGUAUUCUAUUGAAAAAAAUAUAUAUAUAUUUUUUCUUCUAAUUUUGGAGGGACCAGUCUUUUCGUGGCUUAACGACUUCUUGGUGUUUUUGGUUUUUGUAACUCUCGGGUUGUGAGCGCAAGAGAGAAGGGCGCACCCGGUGGGCUCGUGAAGACGUUAAUACCGUAGGGGCCUCCAUCCCCCCCAAGCCGUGAGACCAGCACGAUGGAGAUUCACUGUAAACACGACCCGUUCGCGGCGAUGCACAGACAUGGAGGGGUGAAUCAGUUAGGGGGUGUGUUCGUGAAUGGCAGGCCCCUCCCAGAUGUGGUGCGAACGCGAAUCGUAGAGCUGGCUCACCAAGGGGUCCGCCCCUGUGAUAUUUCCCGACAGCUCCGCGUCAGCCACGGAUGUGUCAGCAAGAUACUGGGCAGGUACUAUGAGACAGGAAGUAUUCGUCCCGGGGUGAUUGGAGGAUCCAAACCAAAGGUUGCUACACCCAAAGUGGUCGACAAGAUCGCCGACUACAAACGACAAAACCCCACCAUGUUCGCCUGGGAGAUAAGAGACAGACUAUUGGCUGAGAGAGUAUGUGACAACGACAGUGUUCCCAGUGUCAGCUCUAUCAACAGGAUAAUCAGGACUAAGGUCCAGCAGCCUCCGGGUCAGUCAGGACCCCUCUCUGCUCAUAACCUAGCGUCGUCGGUGGCGUCGACACAGGUUUCUGCGGUGACCAGUGACUCGGCUGGCUCCUCCUACUCCAUCAGCGGCAUUCUGGGAAUCAGCUCAGCUAACGACGGGAAGCGGAAGAGAGAGGACGCCCUACAGGAGUCUCCUCUAGCCAAUGGCCAUGGUCCAGGUGGGCGGGACUUCCUGAGGAAGCAGAUGAGAGGGGAUCUCUUCUCGCCGCAGCAGAUCGAGACAUCAGAAUAUUCAGCCAUGGCUCUAGCCGGUGGAUUGGAGGAGAUGAAAAGCAAUCUGGCCAAUCCAGGGUCAGGAGGGGAGCUAGGUGCCAGUGUUCCGGGCCCACAGUCCUAUUCGCUGGUGCCAGGUCGAGACCUCUCCAGCACCACGCUGCCCGGCUACCCUCCCCAUGUCCCCCCAACGGGCCAGGGCAGCUACUCUACCUCCUCACUGACCGGCAUGGUACCUGGAGGAGAUUUCUCCGGGAGUCCGUAUUCCCACCCUCAGUAUUCCACAUAUAACGAGUCCUGGAGAUUUCCAAACCCCAGCCUGUUGGUGUUCCAACAGGACUAUGGGUCUCUCCUGGGGACGGAGAUCGGCUGUUCCUCUGGUCUCUUCACCGCCAGCCAGACGGGACAGAUGCAAGGGUCGCCGUACUACUACAGUGCGGCAUCGCGAGGUGCGGGACCGGCUGCCACGGCAACUGCCUCCGCCUACGACCGCCACUGACCCCGCCCCUACGAGGAAGAGGAGGAGGAGGAGGAGGAGGAAGAGAGGAGAGAUAGCACCAGCACUGUCCAACACUAGCCUGCCUGCUGAGAGAAGAGGAGGAGAGGAGGAGGAGGAACAGGAAGGAGAGGAACAGGAAGGGGAAGAAGAUCAUUCCGUCUACUUUACAUCAGUAAACUCCGCCUACACGCUUUUGAUUGACACUCGAGCCGACCAAUCCCUGCUGAGACAGAGACACUGAGCUAUUGCUAUUACCCCCUGUUAUGAUAACAUGGAAUAAAUAGGAUGGAUGUACCCACAGAGACUGAUCCCAGGUCAGAUUGGACAUUUUUACCACCUAAUGGGUAGGGUUAGGAUCUGGGGAGGGCAAGCUGAUCCCAGGUCAGAUUGGACGUUUGACCACCUAAUGGAGUUACUGGGGGUUGCAGGUAUAUUCAACUGUAGUCCACAGCUCUGCUGGUUGUCAUCCUGCCCCCCCCCUCUGACCAGGGACUGAUUCAGACCUGGGACUCUCUGGCCAAUCAGUGACAUUAAUCAAUUAAUCAAUUAAACUACUAGGGAGACGAGAUAACCAGCAGAGCUAAGGAACCUGGAGAGAUGGAACUGAGUAGCCUCGAACGUUACAGCCUGCUAAGUACAACACAGAGGGUGAAUCCCAAUAGCAUCUCCUUCCUCCUGAAGUGUACAGACACCUUCACUACUUCCCACUAAUCUAAAACCAUUGGAUUGGUGGAGGCACGGGCUAGUGAGAGAUGAUUGAGACAUAGCCAGAGGAGGAAGGAGAGAUGAUUGAGACAUAGCCAGAGGAGGAAGGAGAGAUGAUUGGGACAUAGCCAGAGGAGGAA